UUCAAGGAGAUGGAUAUAAUUAUUGGUAAAUGAGGGGGUUUUUCGUAAAUAGAUCUUACCCUUAGGGGUAACGGUUGUAAAUUUACCCAUUUAUUUAAGAGGGGAGAUUCAAUCAUCCCUCCGUUUGAAUGUCAUCUUCGUCGUACGAAUCGGGAAUAUUCGCAUGAUUUCCCGCCAGAUUCAAACUCUGUUCCAAUUAUCAAAAACCUCCACGAAACAUUUCCAACUCCUCCACUGUUUCCUCCUCAAAACCUCCCUCGACCACCAUGAGUACUUCUUCUCUCAUCUCAUUAUCUCCGGCGCGUCCGCCUCCCUCCACCACGCGCGGCAAAUUUUUGAUAACUCAUCCGUUGCGCCGCCGCUCUUUGCGUGGAACACGCUGAUUAAAGCGUACGCCAAGAGCUCAUCCGCCCCAACAGAGUCCGUCAAACUCUUUGUGGAGUUACUUCGAACGCCAUAUGACCUGAAACCUGAUAAAUUUACGUACCCUUUUGUUAUAAAGGCUUGCGGGCGUUGUUCGAUGCUGGGCGUCGGUGGGUCGGUUCAUUCGAUGGCUAUGAAGGCGGGUUUUGGUUCGAAUUCGCAUGUGUGCAAUACCCUGUUGACGAUGUACAGUGGGUGCUGUGUGGUUGAGUUUUCGAGAAAGGUGUUCGAUGAAAUGUCUGUGAGAGAUGUGGUGUCUUGGAGUUCUAUGAUUUCCGCUUAUGUUGACUGUGACCUUAAUUUGGAUGCUUUGAGAGUGUUUAAAGACAUGAACACGGUAAACGAGAAGCCAAACGCGGUAACGUACAUUAGUUUGCUCUCCGCCUGUACCAACCUCCUAAACACCAGAUUAGGAAAAUCCAUCCACACGCAUAUUCUCACCAACGGUAUCGAGCCAAACGUUGUCUUAGAGACAGCCCUUCUAAAUAUGUACGCAAAAUCAGCUCACUUAGACGAAGCCUUCCACGUUUUCAACUCCAUCGCCGACAAAAAUCUACAGUCUUGGACUGUCAUGAUUUCGUGCCUUGCAGACUACGGCCAUGGAGAAGAAGCUGUAUCUCUGUUCACAAGAAUGGAAGAAACGGGCUUAAGGCCCGACAGUAUGUCGUUUUCGACCAUACUUUCUGCUUGUAGCCACAAAGGUCUUUUGCAAAAGGGACAAGAACUCUUCGACAAAAUGGUCAAUGUGUACGAGAUAACGCCUACUAUGGAGCAUUAUGGAUGCAUGGUUGACUUAUUGGGUCGAGCUGGAAAGAUCGAAGAAGCUUAUCAGUUUAUCGUGAGCAUGCCAGUUGAGCCUAACUCUGUUGUCUUAAGGAGUUACCUUAGUGCUUGUAAACACCAUGGCUGUGGUCUUUAUGUGGACAAAUAUUUGAUGCAGUUGUUACUCAAAAUCGAGCCCGAUCUUGGAGCAAACUAUGUACUUGCUGCAACUGUAUCUUCUUCUUCUAGCAUGGAUAAUAAGAUGAGAAACGACAUGAAAAUAAAGGGCUUGAAGAAAGUUCCUGGUUAUAGUUGGGUGCAGGCUCCGGGUGGUGAUUUGGACAGCGUUAGUGAAUAGAUGUCCAGCCUCUUGAUCACCGGCACAGACAAUGACAAGAAAAACGGGACCUGCUCAUGAUCACUGGCUCGAUGGCCAGCACACGAAGAGCAGGAUAAGCUUGUAGUAGAUUUUCACCGAAAUGUCGGGAAAACGUAAUCGUCACACAAGGUGCACAAUGAAGAAUCGGAAAAUAUUGUUCGAAAAAUAUCUAGCUUUCUUGUAUCACUAGCCUUCGUAUAUUAAAAGUGGGAUAUACUUAUCUGUAUUUGGUGAAUUACUUUGCGGGAUGCAAUUAUCAAAUAAAUGCAGGGUAUGCUAUUAAA